AUGAAGCGACGCAAAACUACCUCCAAGGUACAGGACCUGGAGAGGUCACUGCGGAGGAGGGGUGGAAAGGUGAAGACCAUUUACGAAAAAAAUAACGAUGCGGAAAUCAACGCACUGAUAGAAGAAAAAAUUAAUUACAUUUGGAAUUACAUAAUCCAUAUUGAUGACAUAGUGAGUGAAGAAGAAUUUGCCAAAGUAGACAUGAAACAAAAAAUGGAAAAAAAACAAACGUUACGAAAAACAGAUCAUACGGAAGAAAUUAUUUACUAUAAUAAAAAUAUGAACAAUUUUAUUAACAUACAGAAAGUACGAAAGGCACUUCAUCAUUUCAAAAUCCAAGUUAGUGUGGACGAUAUUUUUUACAUGUUCCUUUAUUUUACCAAUAACAAUUAUUUUGAGAAGAAUAUAAAAAAUGAAAUUUAUUUUUCUGAUCAUAUUGACAAGCGGAAGGAAAAAUAUAAAUUUCAUUCCAUAAAUGUCGAUAAUUUAUACAUCAAUUAUGAUAUGUUUCGUCAAAUUUUUCUUAACAUCGAUUUGAAUAUUGAAAGUAACGGACAAAUU